AUGUCCACGAACAACCCUCGAUACAGAUACAGCUGUUGGAUCUACGAGUCGGGCACCGACAUCGGCGGCGUGUGGCACUGGAAUACUUACCCAGGUUGCCGGGUCGAUACACUGGGCUUCAUCUACCAACUAUUCAUUCCGGACGUCUCGGAGACAUGGUCAUUCACCGAGAAGUAUCUCUCUGCAGACGAGUUCAGGGUGUACUUCACGCAUGACGUGGAAUCCGAGACGACUGUGACUGGGGCCUGGUAUGAUGUUAGCGCGGGGCUUAAUGCGCUUGAGGAGGACGCACGACUCAUCUUCAUGCAGAGAGAAAAGACAUUCAGCGGGUAUCUGGAUCAGCCGAGUCCGCAGGCAACCUUUGACGUCCUAUUGGAGAAACGCGAGGCGCUUGAUGAGUAG